AAUGUGAUGUCAAUGUCGUUUGGCAAAGUUUUUCUUGUUUGUGUCAACUUAUGAUUAAUUUGUUUUUAUAAACGUUUACAUUCUAGAAUUAAAGAAACUUUUUAAACUAUGUGAGAAAGAUAGUUUGAACAGACGAUACUGCUUAGGAAUAAACUAAAAAAAUGGCCCCUUUACCGCUGGAGGGGUUACAAGCUCCAGUUGCAAACAGUGUAGGACAGAAUGCUAUUAGUGGGCCCCAAGAAGGAAAUAGAGGUGGCAUGAUGUCCCUUGCCAUGCUUAUCGAUUUUAUUGUACAGAGAACUUACCAUGAGUUAACUGUAUUGGCGGAAUUAUUGCCCCGUAAAACUGAUAUGGAACGAAAAAUUGAAAUAUAUAACUUCUCAACUAGAACAAGGCAGUUGUUUGUAAGGCUUCUUGCAUUGGUAAAAUGGGCAAACAGUGCUUCAAAAGUUGAAAAAUCUGCUAGAAUAAUGGCAUUCCUAGAUAAGCAGUCGCUUCUUUUUGUCGAAACAGCUGAUAUGCUAGCUAGGAUGGCUAGAGAAACCCUAGUACAGGCCCGUUUGCCAAAUUUCCACAUCCCAGCAGCAGUUGAAGUCUUGACUACUGGUACUUACGGAAGGCUUCCUGCAUGUAUUAGAGAGAAAAUCGUUCCUCCUGACCCAAUAACACCUCAGGAAAAAAGGAACACGCUUUUAAAGUUGAAUCAGGUCAUUCAGCAUAGGCUUGUCACUGGAAAUUUGUUACCUCAAAUGAAGAAUUCAAAGAUUGAAAAUGGGAGAGUUAUAUUUCAUGUUCAGCAUGAAUUUGAAGUUGCUUUAACUGUAAUGGGAGAUGGACCCAAUAUACCAUGGAGAUUGCUAGAAAUUGAUAUUUUAGUUGAAGAUAAAGAAACAGGAGAUGGAAAAGCGUUAGUUCAUCCGUUACAAGUUCAGUACAUUCAUCAACUUAUUCAAUCGCGUUUGGUUGAUAAUCCACAACCUUUAACUGAAGUCUAUAAUUGUUUACACUUUUUCUGUCAAUCUCUACAACUUGAAGUAUUAUAUUCACAAACAUUAAGGCUAAUGAGAGAUCGGUUAGAUGAUCAUAUUCACGUAGACGAAUAUGUACCUGGAAGGUGUUUAACUGUAUCGUACUGGAGGGAACUAACAAAUAAGGGCAAAGAACUAGCAAAUAAAGACUUAAGAUCUGAGUUAGGUUAUAAAUUAACUAUUCAGGUGGACCAGCAUGAUCCUGCUCGACCUUUGGCAGUACUUCACGUACCUUCUCUUGGAAACAAGGAAUCUGAAAUAGCUGAUAGGGCAAUAAGAAGUGAAAUUUUAUCAAUGGAAAGGUUACUGGUUCAUACGAUUUAUGUCAGAACUAGAAGUAGAUUAAGUGAUAUAAAAUUGGAGCUUCAAGGAAUGUUAAAAGAUGUUGAAUGUACAUUACAAGGGUCUCCUGCUAUUCUUUCCGUAGCGAUUUUACAGCCAUGUUUAAGAGCUGAACAACUACUUAUUACUGUCGAUACUCAUACAGGGAUGCUCCAAAGUCACGUGCCAGAAUAUGAUCCACCUUUGAUACCAGAAAUUAAUAACGUUUUGAAUGGAGAUCACUCAAAACUUCCCACAUAUAUAUCUGAAUUAAGAUAUUGGAUUACUAAGAGGCGAUGUGAGAAGACUUUGCAACAUUUGCCAGCUACUGCACAUGAGCAUUUACCACUGUUGCAUGUUCCCGAUCAUCCCAUUACUAAAAUAGGCAGCCAUCAUAUGUAUAUCCAGUUGCAUAGACACACGAAUGUAGUUCUGAUCGUAGAAAUUAACGAAAAAGAAAACAGUCCUUGCGAAAUCGAUUGUUCCUUCUAUAUGUGCGUGGUAAAGCAUUCAAGCAUCGAUGACAAUCCUAACGACGAAUCGAUAGAGACCGAGAUACCAAAAGUAUUUUUAAAAGUUCAAACAUUAAUUGAAUUCGACACUUUCGUUGCCACUCACGGACCAUUUACUUCCAUCGAUGGAAGUCUAGAUGCCGAUCAUACCGAACCAAACUCGCUAAAAAGAAAAGGUUAUCUUAAACCCGAGUCGGCAACAAGAAGAUCAAAACAGCCGGCCUAUUUUAUUGCCGAACUAGCUCACGUCGUUGCCAUGUGCGACGAAAGACUCCCAUACGUCACCCUAGCAAACGAACUAACGAAAAAGAACGUCUUCCACCAAGGCCUCCAAGUCGAAGCCAACGCGACAGGCCUUCUUUUGAAACUCAUACAAUUACCCCCACCAACAUCAGAAGUGGGACAUUCACCCGCCUGGAUGGCACUACUAAAACGCCUCCUGUCGGUGUCGAUCAGAGUUUUAAUCAAGGGAAACAUCAAAAGUUGGGUGGUUGAGUUUGUUUUUUAUUCAACUCCAUUGUCGAGUACCCACGCGAAGGAACAAGGUUCAAGAAGACCAAUUUAUUUUCAGUAUGAAAUGACAACUAUCGAUCAAACGUCAAAGACAGUGGAUUGUUUGUUAAGUGACUGGUGGCAAAUUGUUCAUUUGUACACAAUAGUUCAUGAUUUGAGCGAAUAUUUAAAGGUGGACAAGUACAGUUAUUUGGCGAAUUUAUUUUCAAUUAAGUCCUAUAACUAUAGUAAGCUGGUAUUGUGUUACGGUCCAGAAAAGGGAGCUAUGGUUUCGAUUGUUUGGAACAGCCAAGAGAAAGUUUUUAGGUUAACUUUCGGCGCGAUGCAUAACUCACUAAACGCGCACUCAUUAAUCCAGGAACAACUGGAAGCACACUUAAACGAACACAGGAAUUUAGCUCAAAUAAUCCAGCUUUUAACUGAAACCUAUGAGGCGUUGUUGUCGAUUAGUAAGCUUCCGACGUUGCCGCAACUGGGGGUUCAUAAUAACCGACCCAAGGUCCCCGUGCAAACGUUUACAAUUAUGGCGCAGUCUUGCACGUUGAUUCGGAUCGCGUUCCAGGGCAUGUACUGUUUGGAGUUAAGGAUUAGGGGGGGAGGUUUGGUGUCCCUAAGGGACGGAGCCUACAGUCGGUUUGAAAGAAGUAACGUUGUUGACGUUUUUAGUCCUACACCGGGUUUGAAGACGUUUUUAUCCAAGUACGUCGAUGAAAGUGCUGUUUUUAGGAGGAGGAGUCAGAGUGAAGACGAUAACCCUCCCAGUCCUAUGGAGAUAGACGGUGGGGGUAAUUUUCUGGGCCCUCUACGACCUCCUCAAUCCCCCGCGGGGGGAACCCGCUCGGAACCAGGACUACGUUUCCAUCCGCCCCUAACACCGCCCUCAGGCUCUAAUCCUCACACUCCUGCAUCACCUCACACGGCUAAUAUACCACAAAAUCAUCCUAACUUCGGUUCAAGCCCUGCAACGUCUUUUAAUAUGGCUUCCCCUACGUCUUUGUCGGCGAAUAUCAAUCCUAGUCCCAUGCCACACCCCAGUCCAAGCUCUGGAUUGGUACCGAACUCCCCGUUAAAUCCACAAUUAGCCAGUCCGGGAGGAUUAUUAAGUAAUUCAAGUCCCGGGCCUCAGGGGGUGAAUUUACCUGGACAUUCGCCUGUAGGGAGUUAUAUUCCUUCGAGUCAUACUGACGGAAGUCCGUUUCCAGCGUCUCAGAGUCCGGCGGCUUCUAAUUGGCCUGGAUCACCGAGUAUGCCUAGGCCGUCGCCUGCUAGAGCUGGGCAGUCUCCCGGGGGUCCGGUGAUGCACAGUCCGCAGCAGAUCGACUUGAAAACGAACCAUUUGACGAGGGUUUUGCCUCAGAAGUCGUGGGCUGGGGCUGUGCCGACCCUACUAACUCACGAGGCUUUGGAAUCGUUGUGUUGUCCGUCUGUUCAUCCUCAGUGUAUUCCAGGACCGGAAAUGAGCUCACUGGAAAGGUUCUUAGGCUGCGUCUACAUGAGACGACAACUACAACGCUUCAUACACACCGAAACCUACUUGACAGCGAUCCCCAACAACGAACCCGGCGUCAUUCACUUCAAGGUCAACGAAAUGUUGCAGUGUCGCAUAGGAUUAAACACUCAACACUUGCAAAGCCUACACAUUAAGAUCACUCAACUUCCCGAGCAUAAGGACGUGUGGUCUAUGGAGGAAAUUCAAGUGUUGGAGAGGUUUUUCGAGACCAGGGCUGCGGCUCCUCCCUACAAGCCUACCUCGACGUUUACUUUUUGUAGUAUGCUGAACUGUCCGCCGAAUGUUUUGAAGGAUUUCAUUCAGAUCAUGAGGUUGGAUAUGAUGCCUCAGUUGGCGCAGCAGCAAGGGAUGAAGUGGUCUGUCCAAUGGUUGUUAAGGAUUCCUCCGAAUGCUAUUCCGAUAGUACCGACCGGUACUCAAGGCGUGUUAGCCUUCAGGAAUAAGAUAUUAUUCUUUAUACAAAUAACAAGGUUAGGCUACCCAUCUAACAUGGAACCGCCCUCUGUGUGUCUUCCUCUAAUAUACGACAUAGCUGGCAAUAUAACUCAGUUAGCCGAAAAACGGGAAUCCGGCUCUGUUCCCGCGAUGACAGCCGCCAGUCAACUACUCAGGCAUUUCUGUCAGAUGCAGGCUGGAUCAAUGGAAUGUACAGUCUAUCCAGCUCUAAGAGAACUACUUCUAAAUUUGACACUUCCCACCGAUCCUCAACAAAGUCCGGGUCAGCAGAUUCAGUCCCCAGGCAUGCCUCUGCCAGGUCAAGGGGGAAAUCAGGGAUACCAACCCCACAUGCAAGUGGGCAUGAUGGGUCCGCAAUAGGUUGCUGGAGUCUGAUGUGUUUCAGUAUCAUGUAAAUAAUUCGUUAUAAAUAUAAAGCUAUAUGAUUUAUUAUA